AUGAGUGACUUGCGCCUCUAUCAACGAGAAUUAAGAACGUUGUUCAGAGUCGUUUGCGACUGUGGCCACGAAGAGCUUUCAAUUCUCCGAUAUUACACAUCUAGUGGCAGCGAGUCCACUACCAUUAUUAGCUCGUCAACGAAGUUACGACCUGAGUCUUUAUCGAAAAUACAUUUAUUCAUCCGUCCGUCGCAUAAGACCAUCGGAAGCAUGGAAGAACGUGCACAGUCGGAACCUUGGCCACGAAAUGCAUUCAAUUUCCGCGAUAUUUUAAACUUAGUGGCAUUGUAG